AGGUUGUUUCAUAAAGUUACUAAGCUCCGCGAUCUAGUCUUUUGCGAUUCUUGACCCGAAGAAUGGCCCCAUAGUGGCACAGUUUCAAUACACUCUAAAAUCACUCGAAACAAGUGCGUGCUGAUGAAAGAAAUUUUUGGAAAAGCAUUUAGAAUGAUUAAUACUCUUGUAAAAAAAUAAUCAAUGAAUUUGUUUACGGAUAUCCUGUUGUUCCUUCUUCUGGUUUCCCAAGUCAAUUUGGCACCAGAAGUUACCAACAACAAGGUUGCCAACAGUAACCAAAAUGAUUUGAUCAGAGACCGAAGAACACUGUUCCUUUUUAAAAAAAGAAAACCAGGUCCAAUUGAAACUGUAUUCCGACUAAUGAUUGAUCAAUGGCGAGAUACAAAGAGUACGAUCAAUAAAGUAACCAGUACCAUUAACGCCCAGUUUAUCGAUGAGAGUCAAGUUAAACCACAGCGCCAAUUGGAUGAAAAUGCUACAACAACAGAGGGUCCUUACAGGAUAACUAGAAACGAACUUUAUCGUAUAAUCCGCCGAAACGUUAAAGGCAUUCAACGCCUUCUAAAGAUAGAAUUGCAAGAUGCACUAAGUCAACCGAAGCCAAGUUAUAAAAGCCUGCAUAAAAGUACAACAAGAAACACGAAAACGUAACCACUUUAGAUAGCAUUGAAAAUACGUGCCACUUGUUCUGUGAUAGUUUUUAAUAUUUUACGUAGAAAAGUGCAACAGUCGAAGAAAAGGCCACGUGAAAAGAAAAUAUUUAAAUAAAUAUAACCGUAGUCUUUAUUAAAUAAUUUUAUUUCAAGUCUGUAAAUACUUAUUUCUGUAUAUAUGUAUAAUAUAUCAAACCUAUAUAUUUUUUGUAAAUUGUUCUUGUAAUGUUAAGUAGAGUGGAUAAUGUGAAAGGAAUAAAAGUGUAGACGCACUGAUUAAAUCAA